GCAGAGCUCUGGCUGCUCCAGAGCUCACGGCUGCCUCUUCUCCCCCUCUGCUGGUGCCUCACCUCAGGACAGGGAAAGGCAGCGACACAAACUGGCCCCAGGGAAGAGGGGGAAUAUCCCUGGAACAGAGAAGUCCCCGGGAUAAAUGGGCCUCCAGAAUGCCAAGCCCUCAACGAAGGGGGCCAACAUCGUGAUGCUGGGGCUGGACUCCGCGGGGAAAUCCACGCUGCUCUACAAGUUCAGGUAUAAAGAUGCUUUUAUAACAAUGCCAACGAUUGGCUUCAAUGUGGAUAUGAUUGAAGCAGGGAAAGAUUUCACGCUGACGUUUUGGGAUGUUGGAGGACAGAAGAAAAUGAGAGAGGUCUGGAGCAAUUUCCUGGAAGACGCCGGCGGGCUGCUGUACGUGGUGGACAGCUCUGACAAGCGGCGGCUCGAGGAGUCCAGGAGGGAAUUUGAGCUCAUUUUAAAGAAUGAAUCCAUAAAAAAUCUGCCUGUGGUCGUGCUGGCGAACAAGCAGGACUUGCCUGGAGCUCUGAACGCCGAGGAGAUCACCAGGAAGCUGAAGAUGAAGAAGUACUGCAGUGACAGGAACUGGUACGUGCAGCCCUGCUGUGCCAUCACGGGAGAGGGGCUGGCAGAAGCUCUCCAGAGGGUGGCCACGUUUGCCAGGCAGUACAAGAAGUCAAAGGAGACUUUCAUCACCCUGAAGGAACUCAACUCCUUUUAAGGAUUUCUACCAUCCACUUCUGGUGACUCUUAACAUACUUUGUUGGACAGAUUAAAUCUGGAAAUACUGGAUUCUGAAGAACUUUUAUACAUAAAUAUUUAUAAAGGACUUUGACAAUAUUAAGUUCUGCAGUUAUACCUGAUAUACUUGAUGGGAUAUCUCAUACCUGAGAUAGGACUCUGUAGCAUUUUAUUAUUAUUUUUUUAUUUACUUGGGGUUAUUCAAGUUGAACGAUGACAAAGGGGCAGUCACGCACAUGGAAAUAAAAUAGGUGAGCAGUGUUUAAGUGGCUUAAAUCAAAUGAAGAUUCAAAUCAAUUUUUUUCAAGAUGUAAACCAGCCAAGCCAUUUGGUCAGCAGUGAUCAAAUGCUGUUUUGUAAUAAAUGGAAUAGAUGUGUUUCUUAUUUGAAAAUAGAGUGGGGUGAGAGCUACAGCUCCAGUUAUGUAGAAGAGAAUUUGGCUGUUUCUGCAUUCUAGAAGCAGUUCCUGCAGGGAGGUGGUGAUGAGCAGGACGAGCUCCUCACCCAGCCCCGGGCAGAGCCUGGCUCCAGUGCUGUCCCCAAGGUGCAGCUGUGGCCUCCCACUGUCCCAGAGAUGCACGUGCUCCCCUUGUCCCUGCACUGCUACAUGCCCUCCUCGCAGGAGAUCAGCCAGGGAAGAGCUGCAUCCCCUUGGUUUUGUGGUGACUUCCCAUCCUGGCCUCUGGAAAAGUCGCGGCAGGGGUCCUCUUGUGCUCCCGUUUUUUUGUUUCAGGAUUACACCAAGGAAGUAGGUGGGAAGUAGGAAGUUUACAUUUCAUUCUUACUAAUAAACAGACAGGAAUGUCAAGUUAUAAAAGGGUGAAGCAGCAAUAAAAUCACCCAGACAUACCUUGUUGUCUCAUGCACAGGUUAUUCAAAGUCAAAAAACAUCAGGUGGGUUUGCUGAAACAGUAAACAAAAGGAAGUUUCGCAAUAGUAGCUGUUAUUAAUACUGAGACUAAUUAAUUACCAGGAGCUAAAUCCUGAGUCAUGCCGAGAUUCUUGCUAAAAAAAUGAGCAAAUGUCUGGAUUUCUCAUUGCCCGCUCUGGUGAUUUGGGCUCAAUAGAAAAUAUCAUCUUCUGUCCCUAAAAAUAUCUUU